AUGGCGGCCGCCCCUCCUCUUGUCGGAAACACGCCUAAGAGACUGACUCUGGAAUUCGGUGGAGGAUUAGAGCUUCUAUACAACUCUGUAAAGAUUCAUAAUGUCAACGUUGAAAUGCAAAACGGAGCAGAAAAGCUAACCAUGAAGGAUUUGCUCUCCUGGAUCCGUACCCAUAUGAUCAAGGAGAGGCCUGAAAUGUUUAUGAAAGGCGAUACUGUAAGACCCGGUGUUCUAGCCCUUGUGAACGAUUGCGACUGGGAGCUGAGCGGGCAACUUGAUACAACGCUAAAGGAGAAGGAUGUGGUUGUUUUCAUUUCAACCUUGCACGGUGGAUAGUACGCGGCUCAUUGUAAUAACUUUAGGAAAUGAACCAAUUGUUUGUAUCGGGACUGUAAGAUGUUGACGUUAUUUGAUGUACGUAUGUGAACAUGACUACUUUCCCAUGUAGUGGUUGGCUAUUGUAUGAGAUUUAUGUACAUGUAUCUAGGAGUAGUUAGAUAUUGAUGCAAAUAAAACCUGUAAAUUGCU